UACCAGUGACUUGUGGUAUCUUCAGCUUUUAUCAGAAGAGAUAUGGGCUUCUUCAAAUUAUCUGCUGUCUUCUUGCUUGCACUCUUGCAGUGGAAGGUCCACAGUGAUGACAGACCAGCUUUGAAUUGUCCUCCAAACAGCACAUAUGACGUCAUCGGAUUGUGUGACACAAACUGCUCCAACAUAGUCAAUCCUCCUAAAAGAUCUUGUAUUGAUAUUGGAAUACUAACCUGUAAAUGUGAUAAAGGACUCCUGGCUCAGACCGGGACUUCUGGGGAAACUGUAAAGUGCGUCAAACCAGAAGACUGCAAUGUCCCCUGUGGUCCCAACCAGCACUAUGAGGAUUGCGGAUCCCCCUGCCAACCAACAUGUGAAAAACCAAAGGGCCCUCGAGGCUGUAUUGCAAUGUGUUCUCCAAAAUGUGUCUGUGAUGAGGGAUAUGUUCUUUCUGGAGAAACGUGUGUAAAGCCAACAGAAUGUUAUUAACCACAGAGCUCAGUCUGACCAUUCUGCAGCCAGUAUUCUGAGAAGCAACGGAAUUAUAUGUGUAAAUGUGAAAAGCAGAUAAAGCAGAGCUGAACGUGUUAUGCUGUUUAUUUCAUCCAAUAUCAUCAGCAGUUAGCAUGUUGAGCUCUGCUAGAUUUCUAAAUGUUCAUCGUUCAGUUUAUUGCUGCUUGGCUUCUGUAAGCUCCAUAUUAAUGGAUUUAUCAGGUCACAAUAUCAAUUAAAUGCGGCUAUGGCUUAUCUGUCCUGAUACAAUGUUAUAAUAAAGUUGACCUUUAAUGAA